AUGGCGGUGCUCUUCGCAAGCACAUUAGCUGCACCAACAGCGCAAUUUGACAGUUCGAUAAGUUCAUCAAACGCACCAGAGAGCGACAUCGUACGGAGAGACGGUGGGGACGGCAAGUACUUUCAUGAGCCCGGAGGUGAUAAUACACUCGGCCACUAUGACAAGCGCUAUUUCCACGGCAUCGUUUCAGACGAGGAGCGAAGAGACACGCAGAAACACAUGGUGCGCGCAUACCUAGACUUUUUCCGCAUCAACGAUCUCGACACAUGGAUCGCUCACGGAACGCUACUAGGCUGGUGGUGGAAUGGUCAGCGACUACCUUGGGACUUCGAUCUCGAUACCCAGGUCAGCGGCGCAACCCUCCACCAUCUCGGCGAAGCCUACAAUCAAACAAACUACUCCUACACCUCCGACGAUGAACAAGUAAAACGCACAUACCUCCUCGACGUCAAUCCUUGGAUCUGGCAACGUGAGCGCGGCGACGGUAAGAAUAUCAUAGACGCGCGCUGGAUCGACGUCCGCAACGGGCUAUUCAUCGAUAUCACUGGUCUCUCAGAGACACACCCCGACAACCAGCCCGGGAUCUGGAGCUGCAAGAAUUACCACCGUUACCGUACCGACGAGCUAUAUCCUAUGCGCGAGACAAUGUUCGAAGGCGUCAUAGCCAAGGUGCCGUACAGCUACGACAAGAUUUUGACAGAUGAAUACAAAGUGAGCGCACUGGUAAACACUCAGUUUAAUGGACACGAGUGGAAUGCAAAUGCUAAAAUAUGGGAGAAGACGGAGGAGACGUUGAGGCAGGAAGAGGAGGAAAGGAGAAAAAAGGAAGAAGAGGAGGAAAGGAGAAAGAAGGAAGAAGAGGAGGAAAGGAGAAAGAAGGAAGAAGAGGAGGAAAGGAAAAAGAAGGAAGAAGAAGGGGAGAAUAAAGUUGUUGAGCAGGCACAGAUGGCGUAG